CUACUCUAUGUCCAUCAAUGACUAUUAGUCCUGACAGAAAGGGAAAUCUGCCUGUUCAGAAACAAUGUUCCUUUUAGCACCACAUACCAGGCAAACUCACUUCCCCAUUAUGGAAAUGAUUUCCCAGGAGACCCAGCCAGUGCUAACAUGGUCAUCUUUUCAGUGCCAGGUGAAGACUGUUCUCCACUCCCAGGUGUUUAAUGGCAUAUAAUGGGAUAUGUCAUCUCUUUUAACUGCUCUGGGAUUUUUUUUAAACGUAGUUGUUCAAAUGGUUUCUGAAGUUUUAUAUUUUAGCAUGUUGGGCAUCAUUUUACUGAAUCUGUUUUAAUGCUGUAUUUUUAUUAUUAUAUCUGUGUUUUAUGCAUUGCUGUGAUCUGCCUGGAGAGCUUCAACUAUUGGGUAGUACAGAAAUUAAACAAAGAACCAUCAUCAUAAUCAAGUGAUAAGGCACUUCAUGGUUAGUACCUCAUCAGCCUGCAUAUGAUGCAUCCCCCCAAAAUAUGCAUACUCUUCCUCACCCCCCCACCACAUAUAUUUAAUAUCAAGUUGGUGGGGAGAAGACCAGGGUGAACUUUUCUCCCUGGCACACUAGCUUGCUGCAUGCAGGAUUAAAAUGCAUUUUAAGGCAAAACAUUCUAACAUGCCACCGUGGUGGUUCAUACCCGGAAGAGCCAAACCGCAGCUCUUCUGGCUGAAUAACCCAUGUUCAAAUUCCCAAGGCAGAGCGAUAUUUCACGAAGUCUGAGAUGCAGUGGGACCACUGGCAAAAGCAGGACCGAGAAUGUGGAGAACGGAAAGGCAAAGUACAGCCUUGCACAAGCUGGUGCCCCCCAGAAGUGUUGGACUGCAAAUCCAAGCAUUCCUGCCUAUUGGCUGUGCUGAUGGGACUUGGAGUGCAACACAUCUGGUUAGGGAAUGCAGGGUGCAGGUUGGAUCAGCAGGGACUAUGUGUGCUGCCCCCUGGAGGAUACGAAAAAUGCUUUGUUCGGGCUUCCAGCAUGUGGCCCAUCUUUCUGCCCACCCCCAUUAAAGGCUCUGCUGGGACAAGCGGCCUCUUGCCCAGGAGGUCUCGGAACAGGGUACGCUUCCUCAUCCCGAGCAGGCAGAGACGCCAAGCCAAAAGCCGAUCCCAGCUAGUGAACUCAGCAGAGACUUGGACGGCUCUCCAGGCAGCUGCUUGCUCCCUCUCGAAGCCGACCUCCUCACCCAGGGCUCCCUUCCACUGCCCCCACGAUGGCCAGGAACCACCAGGUGCAGAAAGCCAAGCUGGCUGAACAGGCCGAGCGCUAUGAAGACAUGGCUGACUUCAUGAAGGCGGUGGUGGAGGACGGGGCUGAGCUCUCGAAUGAGGAACGCAACCUCCUCUCUGUUGCCUACAAGAACGUGGUCGGCUGCCAGAGGUCCGCCUGGAGGGUCAUCUCCAGCAUCGAACACAAAACUGAAGAAGGAGAUGACAAAGCUCAGCUGGUCAAUGAAUACCGGGAGAAGAUCGAAUCGGAGCUGAAGGAUGUCUGCAAUGUUGUCCUGGGACUGCUGGACAAGCAUCUCAUCAAGAAAGCCAGUGACCCAGAAAGCAAGGUGUUCUACUUGAAGAUGAAAGGUGACUAUUUCCGCUACCUGGCCGAGGUGGCCACUGGCGAUGACCGCAAGGCGAUCAUUGACAAUGCCCGGAAAGCUUACCAAGAGGCAAUGGACAUCAGCAAGAAGGAGAUGCAGCCCACCAACCCCAUCCGCCUGGGCCUGGCCCUCAACUUCUCUGUCUUCCACUACGAGAUCGCAAAUGCCCCAGAUGAAGCCAUCAAGCUGGCCAAGACCACCUUUGAUGAAGCCAUGGGCGACCUCCACACGCUCAGUGAAGACUCCUACAAAGACAGCACCCUCAUCAUGCAGCUUCUCAGGGACAACCUCACGUUAUGGACGGCAGAGUGCUCAGGAGAAGAAGGGGGAGAGGCUGGCGAAGAGCCAAAGAACUGAACUUUCCAGCCCGUGGAACGACGGUAACUCCCGUCUCUCUCAAUCUCUCUCUUUUCCUCCUGUUCCCAAACAACCCUAUUUUUAUAAGAUGUGUCUCCAGCACCUGAAAAGGGGACUGAUUCGUAUGCACGGGACUUGAGCGUUUACCUGACCCUCCUCAUGUGGCAGCUUUCAGGUUAUCUCUCUCCCAGGGCCCUCUUCUUUUGCUAUGUGACCCCCGCUGCAUCCGGAAGCUCCUUGCUUUGUAUUAACUCUUGUGCCUGGUACAGCAUACAGUUAACAGAAAGGAUCUUCCUGAUCUGUCACGGAGGAUUGAGAUAUAGAUAGAUAGACGGAAAUCUAGAUAUGUGUCAGUGUCGACCUGCUCACCAAAACAAAACUAAAACCAACAACCUGAGAACGUAAAUAUUGUUGUGCACGGCCAAGAUACAAAAACAGGAGCUAAGCCACGUUAAACAAGCGUAGUUGCCUCUGUUUCCUUCAGUGCUUUUUAUUCUGCGGGGGGUUUUCACGCUGGGCAUCCUGUCACUGUAAGAAGAUGGCGGUGGUGGGCCUGGGUGGGCGGGUGCACCGGGCAACUCUCCCGAGUCGCCAUCUCAGGAGGGCAUCUUUUACUGUGGUGUUUCUGAGGUGCUGUGCUACAGUAUUCUUCCCAAUAAACAUUGACUUUGGCACCAGU